AUGGCAUCAUCAAUAACAACAGUGACGAAUAAAUCACUUGAAAAAGAUUCAAAUUCUUUGAAACAGCAAAUAGAUUUCAAUCGUCAUAUUCAACAAUCAAUUAAGGGACUAGCAAAUGAUUUUCUGGAUUUGUAUUUAGACUUUCAAGAUACUUUACCAAAGUUGCCUUCAAAUAAUUCGACAGACGAACCAUAUCUUCAAUCAAUGGGUUCAUUAGAUUUUAAAUUUUUAAACAAUACUCCCGGUUUUGAACGCAUUCAACUAGUACUUUGUGGUCCAAAUUCCAGUGGUAAAACCACGUUUUUACAUUCAUUUCUUAAAAUAAAAAGCAUUCUACCUAGUGGUGUUGGCCCUGUAACUGCCCGAAUAGUGAAGUUUACCUAUGCUUCACCAUCAAACGCAUGUAUAAUCGUCUAUCCAUCUAUUCAACAAGCAUAUAUCGGCAAUCAUCAAGAAGAAAAGAAUAUAUCUUUAGCGUCAUAUUUUAAUAACUCCCAAACAGACUGGAAAGGAAUUGAGGCAGCUAUAAAAGAAUAUGUUGCUCGACCUAAAGAUAUAAAUGAGGAUGAAUUUAUUGAUUGGGCAAAAAGAUAUAUUGAGAUACGGAUACCAUCGUCAACGCUCGAACUGAACAUUGAUGUUUAUGAUACCCCUGGCUUAUUAUUUCAUGAUCAUCCAAUAUUAAAAGCAAAUGUACAAGAACUAGUUCAACAUAUAUGCCCUACUACUGUAUUCUUGUAUUCAAAUGCAGCGUUUGCUAAAGAUGCUAAUGAGUGUUAUUUAAUGCUACGAGAUGUAUUAGGUGACCUUGAACAACCAUCUAUAUUUUAUUUAAAUACGAAGCAAGAUAUAACAACGUUAUUCACUGGUACUGGUAUUAGUUCACAACAAACCAAAGAAUUUACAAUGGCAAAAUAUGAAGAAAUUCUGCCGCACGAGCGCUUAAAACGUUAUCAACUAUUAUAUUCAGCUGUUGGAAUAGCAAAUAAUUUACUAUUGAUUGAAAAUAAUAUAUCAAUUGUAGAAUUCAAUCAAUUAUGUGAUAACUUCGAUAUUUCAAGUAUAGUUGGACGUUCGUUAUUAUCUAACUGUGCUGCAGAUAUGACUGCACAAGCUUGCCAACGUAUCGUUGAAUAUGCGAUGAAGAAAGAAAUGGAUUCUGCAUAUGCAAUAGCCGAUUCCAUUUUAGCUGCAAUAGAUAAUUUCUUUGACUUUACGACGUCAGCUAGUUGUCGAACAAAAGAACAAUGGAAUAGAAUUCAUUCAAAUGCACAAAAAUGGGGGGAGCAGUUUUUCGAAAAGUUUCAAAAGGAAUUAUCGAACAUAAUGGAACGCAUUAAUAAAAAUAUUCUUGCACAUCUCGACAAGCAUACAACAAAUAUUAUUGAACGAGCUAUUAAAUUAGAUCGAUACGAUGACCCUUUACAGAAGAAAACAAAAGAUAUUGUAACAAAGAAUAUUAAAGAUUUUAUCCGAGUCGUCUUACAAGAAGAAGUAAUCAAAGUUGCGGUCAACGAAAUAAUCAAUCAAACUAAAGCUCAUUUUAAAACGGUGGUCGAAGAUGAAAUUUUAGUUAACACUGAAAGAAAUGAAUUAUUAAUAACAGCACAACAACAAGUCUUAAUGAAUACAUCGUCUGAAAAUCUUACUCAACGUAAUUGGUUAUCAAAUAUUGUGUAUCAGUUAUCGUUCGCACCAUCAGCUAUGAUGCGUUUAAUACGUGGUUUUAGAUUAUUGCCAUUUAAAGAAUAUUGGAAUAAAAGUACACUACCACAUGAGGAUAAAUAUGAUAUGAUGGAUACGUUAGAUUCAUUUUCUAGUUUGAUUGAUGAAUCAAAACGACGUGACUUUGCUGAGGAAUAUUUGAAGAGAAAACGAAAAACAAUAGAAGCACAGAAAGAUUUGUACGGUCAAAAUUUACAACAAUGGAUUAAAGAUAAAAAAGAAGUUUUUUAUAAAAAUAUACAAAACAAUUACAAAUUUGUUUUAUCGCGUUUAGAAAAUAGAGAAAAUGCUUACAAAGCUGCUCAUAAGUAUUUUAAAAAGUUUGCUGAAAUUGAAUGUAAAUUAGUUGCACUUCAAGACUUAGCAAAAUUCAAUGGUAAACUACCGAUCAUUGAUGAAUCUUUGGAAUUAGGACAUGGCACCCAUUUUGUUGUUUAUCCAGGUGAAUGGUCAACAGAAAAGAACUUAGCUAUUAAAAAAUUAAAAUCUUCAUCAAUUAAGAAUUAUUCUUAUUUACAAUAUUUGGAAGCUCACUAUCAUCGUAAAGUGACACGAUUUCGUUUAAAUGAUUCGCUACAAGAGACUGCUGAAUUGCGAAAAACAAGGACGCCACAUAUUGUACCCCUGCUGUAUUUAUUUGAUCAAUAUUCAGAAGGCAAUAUGCAUUAUUUAUGGAUUUUUAUGCCAAGAUACGAUAAAAGUUUAGAAGAAUACUUACAAGAUAAUAUUAGUACGAUUAAGCCUAAGUGUGUACUCAAAAUUGCCAACGAUAUUAUUGAUGCAUUGAUUCUAUUACAUACAAACGAUAUUGUGCACCGUGAUAUAAAAGCUAAAAAUGUGUUGAUAUAUGAAAGAAAUCUAGAAUGUUAUUUAACUGAUUUUGGCACUGGAAAUCAAUCGAUAAUGAAUUCAACAGUAGUUGGAACUUUUCCAUUGGCACCAGAAGUAGUCAAUUCUGGUUCUCUUUACAAUGGUAUAGCAGCAGAUAUUUAUUCUUUUGGCGUAUUUCUUUAUGAAAUAUUACCAAAGAAGCAUUAUAACCGUCCUGAUAGUAUGAAUACCAUCUAUGAGUCAUUAAAGAAAAUCCCUUUGAACCCAGACAAUAGUCUUUAUGAGGAACUCAUUCUAUCAUGUUUGAAAGAGAAACCCGAAGAGCGACCAAGUACUAUCGAAAUCAAAGUCAAUUUGGAAGAAUGUUUGAAAAUUUUGAAAGAAAAACACUGCAUCAUAUGCGAAGACAAUCUUAGAAGAUGUCGUUUUCAACCGUGUAAGCACAAACUUGUUUGUGAACCUUGUUUUAACAAAUUACCAAUAACUACAAAUGGACGACCAAAUUGUAUUAUGUGUGAAACUCCAAUUGCUCAAUGGACACAAGACGAAUAUAAUCAAACAUAUUUUGGUUAA